AUGAACGCUGCCAAUAUCUCCCAACGAACCAAAUCGCAAACGCCCCAUUUCCACCCACGAUACCAUCUUCUGUCCCGGUAUCGCCUUCUGUACCUAUAGGCGCAUUCGAUUGCCAUGUCACGUCGUCCCAAUCCGGACCAGGACCGCAUCGAGCGGAACAGAGCCACGCUCAAAAGCCUGGUAAAGCUCGAGGCCAACAAAAGCUGCGCCGAUUGCAAACGGAACAAGCAUCCAAGAUGGGCCAGCUGGAAUCUCGGCAUCUUCGUCUGUAUCCGAUGUUCCGGUAUCCACCGCGGAAUGGGAACACACAUCAGUCGAGUCAAGUCGGUGGACCUCGACUCCUGGACGGACGAACAGCUACAGAACAUGCUGCGGUGGGGGAACGGUCGAGCGAAUAAAUACUGGGAAGCAAAGUUGGCGCCGGGCCAUGUUCCGUCGGAGUCGAAGAUCGAAAACUUUAUCCGCACAAAAUACGAGUCCAAGAGAUGGGCGAUGGAGGGCGGCAUGCCGGACCCCUCAACACUGUCCGAUGCCACCGACGACGAUGUUCCGCUGAACGUAGUACAAGAAAAGGCGAAAUUGGAACGAUCAACUUCGCAACGAACCGCAUCGAGCGCGAUGCCGAAACCCAGGGCGGCCAACAUCGACCUAUUCGGCGACGAUACACCCCAGCGACCAUCGACAGUCGAGCCGCAAACCAAUCGGCCCCCGCCACCAAAAUCACAAGCCGCACCACCAAGACAGACCAAGCAAGCCGAUUCAUUGCUUGGCCUAGACUUCUUCGGAACCAGCAACUCUGCGCCGAUUUCAAACGCAACCUCUCCGCCGCCGGCAGGGGUUCCCUCACGGCCUGAUCUCAAGCAGUCCAUCCUGUCGUUGUACGCAGCAAAACCUGCGGCUCCUCCUCAACAGCAUCAACGACAGCCUUCGCAAGGAUCUUUUGGGACACUCACUUCGCCAUCGUCACCUCCUGCUACACAAUCAGGAGUAAGUGGGUUGGAUGAUGCAUUUAGCGGUCUUAGCUUUAGCAACCAACCCAGUGCACCACCAGCACCGACGGCUUCGCCGUUUGAUGCACUGUCAUCAUUAAGCCCUCGAUCGUCAGUAGCAGCUCCUCAAACUACCAAGGCCUCUGCGUUUGGUACCGGGGGAGGCUUUUUCGAUGCUCCCAAACCCGCACCGGCCACCACGCAGCCAGUGACCUCUAUACCACAAGGCAACUUGGGCGGUUUCGGGGAUAUAUUCUCCUCGACCUCUCCUCCCCCGUCCCAGGCGCCGAAAGCGAGCCAAGCCGACCUUUUCGACAUCGGUUUCGAUAGCGCACCGGCCCCCCCUCCGAAGCAGACCACCGCUGCACCCAACAUCUCUUCCGCGUUCAACCUUUCUAAACCCACGGCCGCCCCCGUGGCUCCGAAGCCGCAAACUGCUCCGUUGACGGAUUUCUCUGGCUUCUCGGGCAUGGAUGCGUGGGGCUCGAACAACGCGUGGGCGACUGAUCCAGCACCGGCGGCAAAGCCUGCUGCGGCUCCGGCGGCGGCUCCUGCGGCGUCCACGAUAGCGAGUGACUUUGGCGGGUGGGGGAUCACGAGCGAGGCGAAACCCACGCCGCAAGUGGCACAGGAUGAGGAUUUCGGGGGCUGGAACAGUGCGGCGCCGGAGACACCUGGGGUUGGAAAUUCGGGGGCAAAACAAAAGGCGUCGGCGGGAGGGUUUGGUGGGCAAGACGAUUUGUUUGGGAAUGUUUGGAAGUAAGUCGAGCAGGGGAAAUUACGUCGAACGGUCCUGUCGACGAGCAUACAUAGCGAUAGAUGAUGAUAGCGUUGUCCUUCCAUCCCCGAUUCGUGGGUUUACACAUCGCCAGAAUGAAGAAUGCACAGAAGAAUGGAUAUAGAAGUAAUGCGUGCCCAUAUACACAUGAUGCAUGUCCAGUCUCAUACAAUACAGCCGUGG